AUCAAUAGAACUUUCACUCUGCUUCUGAGUAGCAUCCUCCAUGGAAAUUGUAAGGCGAGCUCAAACAUCCUGCCGAGCAGGCUCGUUCGGGCCAUAAGCGAAUUUGCAAGCCCCACCAUCACAGAGGAUGAACUUGCGAAGCGGGUCGCGAAAUGUCAGUUGAGAGCUGUCUGCCUCCGCCGCAAUGAACCUCUGUAGCUGCUUCUCCCCGUCGCCACUGGUGGAUUCCUUAUUACUCAUUGUUGCCCUGCUCUCAGCUUCCUCCCGUCGUCAGCGACAACAGAUUCGUCGAUAGAGUGAUGUUCUUGAACGGAAUUGAGACAUGGCUAAAGAAUCGUCACCGUUCAGCAGAACGCCUUGUUUAUGCAUUUGCUUUUUGAUUUGUGUUUGAUGAGCUGAUCUAUCAUCAACUACAGAGUGAGGUGUUUUGGAUUUCACAUUUGUAUGUGAAUUGAUUAUCUACUUGGAGCUGCUAUAGCUG